GCUGUGCUGUGUUCUCCUCCCGGCGCCUCUGCUUCCCUCUGCUGAGCCUCUCUCUGACGCGGCCACUCCUGACGACUUUUAUCUCACAUCUCUGAGUCAAAGUCCGCUUCCUCCCGCCGCAGCGGGACAGCCACCGCUCUGGUGACUAAAAGAAAGAGGAAAGAAAGAGAAAAAAAACAGACCUCCCACCUGCUUUCGUUCAGGAGCUUUCAUUUUUUCAUUUUUUUCUUUCGCUCGUGCCUCCCUCACUUCCUGCUUUGGACCUCACUCGUCGACAGGCAGCGAAGCGAAGCUCUCUGCGCGACGACGUGACGGCGCGAAGGACGAACGGACACCUGGCCUCGCGGACUCAGCCAGCCGAGCAGAUGGAGUUUGCCUGCAGCCACGUGGUGUGCAACUGGAUGCCUGACAGAACUCCAGGGCUGUACCCAUCACUCCCCAGCUCUCUCAGUGAGGGGGCAUCCUACAGGGUCUCCGGCAGACCGCAGUCCAUCUGUGACCAUGACUACGACAACCGCAUAUCCGUCAUUCCUCAGCCAGAUCCACCGCUGGUACCUCCACCCCUGCCCCCCCGCCAAAACUCAUCAAAGAAACAGCCCCGCCCUCGAUCGAUGCCCCCUCCGGUUCCUCCUCGAGGGCAGGAGACCAGGGGAGAGACGCCGCUCAGAGCCAAUGUCAACGUGGUGUCACUCAGUGUGGGCCGGCUCGUGGACGUCAGCAAGGCGACUGCUGUUCAGUCCACUCAGAGGCCAGUGUACUGUGAAAAGUGCCACGGCGCCAUGUCAACGCUGAGCACCCUGAAAAGGAUGGUUUGGUGCUGUGACUUUUGUGGGAAGGAGAACACCAUAUCAUCCACAGACUCUGGGGUGAAGAGCUCUGCUCGGCGGCCCCUACCCGGGCGGGACGUCCUGUACCUGAGCCAGGAGUUGGACGGAGACUACGUCAACCUGGAGGACAUGCUGGUGGUCUUCUGUGUGGACAUUUCUGGGAGCAUGAGUGUCACCUCUGAGGUCUCUGCAGGCAGCAGUGUCCGGUCUCCAACAUACGUUUCCAGGCUACAGAGUGUCCAGGACGCCCUUCAGAGGUCCCUGUCCUCGCUGCUGCAGACAUCACCACACCGCAGAGUAGCGCUGGUCACCUUCAAUGAUGAGGUGACAGUGUACGGGGACGGCACAGGUGUCCCCCUCACCUUGAGAGACUGGUCGCUGAUGGACUAUGAUUACCUGAAGAAGCAGGGAGAGAGUUACUCCACCCCCCACUGCAUCGCCGAGUCCAUUCACCCCCUCACCCAGAGAGUCAAGGAACUGUGUGAACAUGGAGCCACAGCACUGGGUCCAGCAGCGCUCAUCUCCGUAGCGAUGGCCUCUCGAUACAUGGGUUCAAAGGUGAUCAUCUGCACGGACGGUCGGGCCAACAUCGGUCUGGGCGAGCUGGAACAGAGCGUGGGCCAAACCUCCACCCACUCGCCCUACUUCUACAGCCAGCUGGCCAAGGAGGCGGCGGACAGUGGGGUCAUAGUGUCCGUGCUGACCUUCGAGGGCACCGACUGCAGGCUGGCGGAGGUGGGGCGGCUGGCCGACCACACGGGAGGGAGAGUGAAUAUAGUGAACAUCAGCACAGUUUCCACGGAAAUCCAGUCAGUUCUGGCCGACAACAUCCUGGCCACCAGUGUCACAGCCACCCUGAUGUCAGCGGAAGGCAUCUAUUUCCCCUACGAGGACGAGUCUUCGCACAAGCUGGUCAGGGAGAUCGGCAACGUGACGGAAGGAGUGGAGAUCACCUUCCAGUUUGCUGUGAAACCGGACAGCAUAGAGAGUUUCCAGAGGAGAGACAGGAUUCCGUUCCAGCUGCAGCUGGACUUUAAGACACGAGAGCUGCAGAAAGUGACUCGCAUCCUCACCGAUCAGAGACGCGUCACAAGCAGCAGCUGGGUGUGGGCGGGCAGUCUGAACAUGGCGGUUCUGGGGGUACACUGCGCGCAGCUGUGCGCCAGGCUGACCAUGGAGGGCAGGAUCGUGGAGGCGCAGAAGCAGCUGAAAGCACAGCAGGACCUGCUCAAGGACAUCAGUGAACAGAGGCCCAGCCCAAAGGAAGAGAGCAUCUAUGGGAACUGGAUCAGCACCAUGAGUGUGAUCUGUGAUGACCUCACAGGACACAGCCAGAGAAAACAGGACACCAGAGAACUGACGGCCAGUCAAUCUUCCCCAGUAAAGGGUCUGUCGGACGAGGCAGCCAAAGUGGUGUACCAGAUGAAGAGGGCCAAGAGUGUGGGCAGAAAGAAGCAGGCGUCCCAGCCACUGGGCCUGUGAGGUCAGGGCCGCAAAGCGUGGAGCAACUCGCUCACUACGGCCCGACCGCUACACUGCACAAACCCACACACACAGGCGCUUAGUGCCCACACGCCAAUUGAGAGAAGCGCACUGCACGUGUAUGUGUCUCGAACCUCGAGCAUGUGUCUCGAAAUAAAGAGGCCAAAGGGUGAAGAGGUCGGGUGCUUGUGGCAUUGUGGCACACUCGGGUUGUAAGAGCUACAGCGUCUUGAUUCUGUGGGUUAUACUCAAGCCAAAGGGUUCCUUCUAGAAAACUCAUUAGAAGUCAUCAUUUUUAACCCAAUAAUGAGCAAAGAAGUGAUGGAAUCUCUGAAGUCAAACUUAUA